CCCAGUAGCUGGCGGCGCAGGAGGCAGUUGCUCGCGCGCUUGCUUUCUCAAGAUGGCGGCGGCCAAGGACGAUGGUACCUCAGGAGAAGCGGCUCUGGGGAGUGGGCGGCGGCUCCACCUGGGAAUUCCUGAGGCUGUGUUUGUGGAAGAUGUAGACUCUUUCAUGAAACAGCCUGGGAAUGAGACUGCAGAUACAGUAUUAAAGAAGCUGGAUGAACAGUACCAGAAGUAUAAGUUUAUGGAACUGAAUCUUGCUCAAAAGAAACGGAGACUAAAAGGUCAGAUUCCUGAAAUCAAGCAGACUUUGGAAAUUCUAAAAUACAUGCAGAAGAAAAAAGAGUCCACCACUUCACUGGAAACCAGAUUCUUACUGGCAGAUAACCUGUACUGCAAAGCUUCGGUUUCUCCUACUGAUAAAGUGUGUUUGUGGUUGGGGGCUAAUGUAAUGCUUGAGUAUGAUAUUGAUGAAGCUCAGGCUUUGUUGGAAAAGAAUUUAUCAACUGCCACGAAGAACCUUGAUUCUCUGGAGGAAGACCUUGACUUUCUUCGAGAUCAAUUUACUACAACAGAAGUCAAUAUGGCCAGAGUUUAUAAUUGGGAUGUCAAAAGAAGAAAUAAAGAUGAUUCUACCAAGAACAAAGCAUAAUAUUAGCUGGCAAUUAAAAAUGUGAUUCAGUUUUCCAAACAUGUAACUUUAAAUUCCCCAGCAGUUUUCCUUCAAGAUUGACAUAACUUUGAUUUUUUUUUUUAACAGCGAGAAUGAUUAAAACUUUUAAAAAAAGAUAAA